GAUGUGACGCGCCGCCCGAGGCAGGCCGGGCCUUGAAGAUGGCGGCGGGCUCCGCGAGCGGCUCGGCCCGGCAGUAGCGGCGGCACGGACUCGCCGCGGGGCCGCCGCCCCGGGAGUGGCAGCAGCAGCGGCGGGACUCGAGGAUGGUAAAAUGACGCAGGGGAAGAAGAAGAAACGGGCCGCCAACCGCAGUAUCAUGCUGGCCAAGAAGAUCAUCAUUAAGGACGGAGGCACGCCUCAAGGAAUCGGCUCCCCCAGUGUGUACCACGCGGUCAUCGUCAUCUUCCUGGAGUUCUUUGCUUGGGGAUUACUGACGGCUCCCACGCUGGUGGUUUUACAUGAAACCUUCCCCAAACAUACAUUUCUGAUGAACGGCCUGAUUCAAGGAGUCAAGGGUCUGCUGUCCUUCCUCAGCGCCCCGCUCAUUGGUGCUCUUUCUGACGUUUGGGGCCGGAAGUCCUUCUUGCUGCUGACGGUGUUUUUCACGUGCGCCCCGAUCCCGUUAAUGAAGAUCAGCCCGUGGUGGUACUUUGCUGUCAUCUCCGUGUCUGGGGUGUUCGCAGUGACUUUCUCCGUGGUGUUCGCCUACGUGGCGGACAUAACCCAAGAGCACGAAAGAAGCAUGGCCUACGGACAGGUCUCCGCCACGUUUGCCGCGAGCUUGGUGAUCAGCCCUGCCAUCGGCGCGUACCUGGGCCGGGUGUACGGGGACAGCCUGGUGGUGGUCCUGGCGACGGCCAUCGCGCUGCUGGACAUCUGCUUCAUCCUGGUGGCCGUGCCCGAGUCUCUGCCCGAGAAGAUGCGGCCCGCGUCCUGGGGGGCGCCCAUCUCCUGGGAGCAGGCCGACCCCUUCGCGUCCCUGAAGAAGGUGGGCCAGGACUCCAUCGUGCUGCUCAUCUGCAUCACCGUGUUCCUCUCCUACCUCCCGGAGGCGGGCCAGUACUCCAGCUUCUUCCUGUACCUCCGGCAGAUAAUGAAGUUUUCCCCAGAAAGUGUGGCGGCCUUCAUAGCGGUCCUCGGCAUCCUCUCCAUCAUCGCACAGACCAUAGUCCUGAGUUUGCUCAUGAGAUCCAUUGGAAAUAAGAACACCAUUUUGUUGGGUCUGGGAUUUCAGAUCUUACAGCUGGCGUGGUAUGGCUUCGGUUCAGAACCUUGGAUGAUGUGGGCCGCAGGGGCCGUGGCCGCCAUGUCCAGCAUCACCUUUCCCGCCGUCAGCGCACUCGUGUCCCGAACUGCUGAUGCCGACCAACAAGGUGUUGUCCAAGGGAUGAUCACAGGGAUCCGGGGGCUGUGCAACGGUCUGGGCCCAGCUCUCUACGGGUUCAUCUUCUACAUAUUCCACGUGGAACUCAAAGAGCUGCCAAUGACAGGAACGGACUUGGGGACGAACACCAGCCCACAGCACCACUUUGAACAGAACUCCAUCAUCCCUGGCCCGCCCUUCCUCUUCGGAGCCUGCUCGGUGCUGCUGGCUCUGCUGGUGGCCCUGUUUAUCCCGGAACACACCAACCUAAGCCUGCGGUCCAGCAGCUGGCGCAAACACUGUGGCGGCCACAGCCACCCUCACAGCGCACAGGCGCCCGGAGAGGCCAAAGAACCCUUACUCCAGGACACGAACGUGUGAGCGUGCGCCCGCUGCGCCUGUAGAGCUGAUGUACAUUCCACGUCGCCUCCACACACUCACUCGAAGGGUGUCUGAAGGACGGAUCUGCAUGGACUCCGGGGAACUAGAGAAAGAACUGGACAGUUUUCCAAAGAUGUUACAAUUUCUUUUGAAAAGAAACCUUUUGUUUAUCCGCACCACUUCCUUGCCACCAAGCUGUUUAUUAUACACGUCCUUUCAUUAAAGCUCUAUCUGUGACUUCUUA